AUGAUAGAGACUGCGAGCUCGGUAUUACAAAGCACCGCAGCAAACACAACAAAUAGAGAUAACAAUGACUACAAGUCAGCCGGUGCCACUGACAACACCAAAUACAAUAUAAAGCCCACUGAAGACAACCAGCAACUGAAUGAUUACAAACAAACGAGUGGGGUAGAACAAAGUCAGGGAGGCGAUGUUUGUGACAUGAAAAGCCAAGGCUCGUCAAGCGAGUUGAGAAGGCAACAACAAUCGGACACGCAGUCUUUGCAAGAUUCCCAACCGCCACAACAACAGCAAAAUCAACAACAACUACCAUCACCUAAUUCGUCUCAUCAUAGUCAUAAUAGUGGCUCUAAUCAAGAAAAUCUGCCACAUGACCAGAAUGACGAGCAACAUUCAUCAUCGGAAUCCUACAACAAGUCAGAUUUGAUGUUUACGAAAAAGGACUUGAGCAAGUCUCGCACCCAGUCAUAUCAGUCGGUGUUAUCACUAGCAUCCUUGAAAUCGCUUAAGCAACACCAAAUACAACCAUUGACUGCAGCUAAUGGCGCCACAAGUCAACCACCAGGGAUGAUGAAUGGGGUUACGUUGCACAGAAAUAGUAGUACAAAGGGAAAUAGUGCCCAGCUUACAAGAUCAAAUUCCGCCAUGAACACUUCAAAGAACUUUCAGUCAUUUAUUCAAGCACCCGUAUUGUCAAGUUUAUCCAACCAAAAACUGAAUGAAGAUUUGCAAAUUGGUCAGCAAUUGCCAUUUCACGAUAAACCAAAUGGAAACAAAUCAAGGCGCACUACAAACAACAGCUCAAGCAAUGAUGGCGACAAUGAUGAAGGUGGAGAGGAAAUUAACGAUGAAGAGACUUUAUCACAACAAAGAAAUUUGACAUUGAAUGCGUUGAAAAAGUUGAGUUUGUCUCCCAGACCUAUUACGAAUUCAGAAGAUAUUGUCAUUCCUAAACAUGUGGAGAGCGAUAGCAAGUUGAAGUCAAAAGGGCAGGAGCCCUACCAACCGGCGGAGGUUGACUUGUCAUCGUUUGCCAGUCUAACAAGACAACCAAAAGCGACGGCAAAAGCUCCCUCACAGUCCCCUUCUUCUUCCACUAUCCAUUCAGAGAAGUCGCCCCAUUCUCAAAUAUGCGCAAAGCCAUCGUUGGAAAGCUUACCGGAGGGACAAAUAGCAAAUGCAGACGCGUCAACAAAGGACAACGAUAUUAGUCAAUAUCAUCAGAAUCUAAGACAGCAGCAAAUGGACUCGCUCAAGCUACAGACAGAAAAAAAUCUAUUGAGGAAUAAUGCUCAACCUGGAGAUUUGCAGUACCAGAGCCAACUAGAUUCUUCCAAGCAAAUGGCUGGUGCACAACAACAGCAUACACAACAUUCAAAUGGAGCCCAUUUCCCACCAAUCUCAUCAAGAGUUCCUGCAGCGGUAAUCCCACCACAAGACAUUAAUACCAGAAGAAAGCCGCUGAACUCAUCAGCACCACAAAACCAUCCAACUAAUAAUUUACAGGUGCAGUGUCACUUGCAGCAGCCACAACCAAAUUCCCACCACAAAAAUGCAAAUGCAAGAUCUACAAGACAGUUGCAGCAAAUCAAGGGAUUAAGAACACCGAUGUACAUACCAGCUGUAUUACGUAUGACACAAAACGGUGCUUAUGACUAUCCUAAUCGAUCAUCAUCGAACUCACCAGACAUGGUUUCUACUCCGCCAACCACCCAGAGUCCUGAAAACAACUAUGAAGCUCAUUUGCAGGCUUUUGGUCAGAAAAGUUUAAAUUCAUCAACUGCGUCGAUCAAAUCAACCGACUCUUCAAGGUCUAUUGAGUCUGGCAACUCUCCAAAGUUGGGGUCGUUGAAUAGAUUCCUCAGCACAGGAAACUUGGGCAGAACUUUUGAUUAUACGUCUAGCGCUCCGCCAACGAGAAAGCAUUGGGUGAAAGAUGAGGCAGUAACAACUUGUGGCAUACCCUCAUGUAAUAAAACGUUUAACUUUUUUGAGAGGCGGCAUCAUUGCCGCAAAUGCGGAGGUAUUUUUUGCAAAGAGCAUACGUCUCACUCGUUGUAUAUCAAUCGAAUGGCACAGUUCACCACCGGUGGAAGAGGAACGUUAUCAAAAGUUUGUGAUAAUUGCAUAGGGGAAUAUAACGAGUUUAUUCAACGGGAAUUUGGUGUCAAUAUAUCAAACACUAAACUGCCAUCACCAAUGGACUUGAAUCGCCAUGUUGAGAAUAAUGUUAUAAGCAACCCAUCACAUUUGUCGAAGCAAGAGCAAAUACGGCAGCUGUACAAGGAUCUUGAUAGGAACGCGUCAAGGCGAGACCAAGCUGAUGUCAAGGGAAAUAUUGUCGGUGCUGGUGGCGAUGCAAACAGUGCUAAUAGAACUGAGCAAUUGGUUGGAAGUGUUCCUGCAAACUGGACAUGGAGCUCCUUUUGA